AUGGUUUCACUGUGCGGCCAGUAACCCAGCGUCGCCAUGCCAAUCCCUACGGCCAAGAUGACCAGUCCAAGGAGGAGGAAAAACCCGGAGGCGGAGUAGAGGCGGAGCCUACCACGUACAACCACAACAUCGAAAGACAAGGACAUGAACCCUGGCCACCAGCUCACCACAUGGGGGAAAAAAAACUGGAAACCUUUGAGGAGGAACCGCCAUCCUAUAGGGUUUGGUGGAUUACUCAAAAGCUGGACUUCCAGGAUGAAUCACAGAUCAAGAUGGGGGUUGUCCUGCAGAAUCUGUUGAUGUGCAUGGUGUGCUUCUACUCUCUCUACUACCUUGUGGUCGGUCUCUGCAUCGCACUGCUCAGGGUUCAUGAGAUCAACAGCUUUUUGACUCCAUUUGACUACACAACACAACCGUCAUGGCAGAACCCCAAAUACCUCGUUGGUGUAAUUUCCACAGAAGUGACCUACAUUUUGGCAGGGCUGGUAUUCGCCUGGAUUGUAGAGGAGUGGGUUUGGGAUUACGCCAUAACUGUCACACUGCUGCACGUCGCGAUGACUGUAGCAGUGAUGUCAGACUUCCCUUCAGCUGAGCAAUGGUGGAUAGCUCUGGGUUCAGGCCUGGUGAUGAUGAUAUUUGGAGGACAGCUCGUGGCCUAUAAACUCUUCAGAAGCAACUUUGUCUAUCCAGCUGAACUACAGAACUUCUAAUGAACAUAACAAGGAAAGCUUUUAACUGGCUUACUGGUUAAUCUCAGGUUGGAUACAUCCCAGUGGGUUUACUUUUCAAAGACUGCAUUGCUAGGUUCAUGUUGCAUCGAUAUGAGCAACUACAGUAUGUCUAUCAAGACUGUAUAUAUUUUAUAAAGCAACCACAAGAAACACUUUCUCUACAAACCAACUUUGUUCAUUAGCUUAUAGUCAGAUUCUUCCAUGUACAAAUGGCCCAACAUUGUCUAUUUUCUACAGCAUAUUCUGUUUAAAUAUUGUUAGGGCCUGAGAAUGAAAGUGCCAGGGGCUGCUGCUGCACAUUCACAUUUUUGAGGGGCUUUGGAUGAUAGAAAACUCCCGAAAAUUGCAAAGUUCCACCAAAAGAAAUUUGGUUGGAGCGUUGCGCUCAUCUUUAGGAACAUUUUAAGUUUUUUUUUAAUUAUUUUUUCCUGACGUAAGGAAGUCAGCCAUCUUGGAUUUUGUGCGUUCAUUUUCAUUUCACAAACACGUUUUAGAACUUUAGGAUGUGCGAGGGCCCUUUCAUUGCUGCACGCAGCUUUCAUUUUGUAUUGUUUCUUUACACAUUUCAUACUAUAAGCUAAAUCUAAUAGAAGUGAUCACACAUAUAAUAUUAUGAAAAAAAGAAACAGCAUUUACAGCUGUUAAAUAUGACCAAGUUAAAACAUAUCUACUGCCUGAUAUUUUUCCAAUGGUGAGUUAGCCUAAGUCAGCAAUUUUUCUACUGUAAUGUAAUGUUAGUCUAAUAUGUGUCAUAUACAAGAUUUGUAGUGUAUAGUGGGCUGGCAUAGUCUAAUGAAGACAUGUAUUACCUGUAUACUAGUUGUAUACAUUUGUUAAAACUGGACUUACAUUAAAUACUUUUUUAUUUUAAAUUA